AGCCUGACGGAGAAACAUCUCCCGGACCCUGGACUAUAGCAGGGACGUUCAACCGAGCAAAUAACGUCCACUGAAGAAAACCUCGCUGAUUUGAAAGGGGAGGAGAGAGACAGAGACAAAGAGAGUCAGACUGAGUGUGUGAGGGAGAGAGCACGACUGAGACAGCAAUGGCAGAUAAAGAGGGGACAGGCUGCCAGAUGAGUACCAAAGCCGUGGUUGGGGCCCCAGCAGCAGGUGGAGGAGUCGUGGUGGAGGUCAGGGAGAAGAAGGGAACUUUGCGCGCCGCUAUUCCCACGAUGCCAUUCCCUCUGGCAGUCAUCUGCCUGUUCCUCAACACCUUCAUACCUGGACUAGGCACCUUCCUCUCAGCCUUCGCGGUGCUGUGUGGUGCCCGCAGCGAGCUGGUGGCCCAGCGGGGGGUCUGCUGCGUGUUCCUGCUCAACGUGGCGGCGGCGCUCAUCCAGAUCCUCACCGCCGUCAUCAUGGUGGGCUGGAUCAUGAGCAUCUUCUGGGGCAUGGACAUGGUGAUCCUGGCCAGCUGUAGGGACCAGGCUCUCGCUCAAGACGUCUGAGUCAAGCCGGUCUGUGGUUGUCAACUCAGACAGGGAAUCUUCCUCAAGCCCCUGCUUCUGGAAGUCAACUCUCACUUCAUUUAAGGAGAUUUCGAAUGACUCGAGGGGAAGGGAGAGUAAAAUGAAGCAAGAAAAAAAGGAGAGAGAAAUUAGAAGCAGUAUUAUAAAAUAAACACGGGGAUCCCAACCAUUCAAUUAUUUUUCACAAAACCAAAUCCACUAUAUUGUGUAGGCGGCGUAUUAUAAGGUUGAUGCUCUUUUGUUCAUUGUUAAAUUAAAUGUUAAAUGUUAUUUUAUCAGUAGGCUGCAGACUGAAAUGUGUAAAGCCAAUAUUUGACAAUCAGAUUCUCAAUCAAACAACCUAGCAUGGACAGCAGCGAAUUUAUAGAAACCUUGCAAUGGUCAUGGAUCGGCAAACAUGCAAGACAUGGCACCUUAUAAACAAAUGACUUGUUUAUAUUGUAAUUAAAUGGUUAUUUUAAUUAUAUCUGUCCACCUGCAAAAAGGACAACCGUGUUGUUCUAUGCAUGAUGUAAACCGUCAACAUUACCUCAUACUUUUAUAGCACACCAAUAUCUUCCAAAAUAUUAAUCUGUUUGGUAAAAGUUGAAUGAAAUGAUUGAUGGAUAGACACAUAGUCACAAAGACAUAGGAAAUGUUAAUCACCAUCAUUGGUACCUUUUGUAUUAUAAACAAACCCCUACUUUUAUUUAGAAAGCUGCAGAAAUAACAAGACGUGGUUGCUAUUUUUUUAUGUUCUUGGUCUUUUGGACUGUCUGUAGCUAGCAUUGCACAAAACUAUAUGUUGGAAAACUGCAUCAGUCUACUGUUUGGGUACAGCUUCUGCUUUAUCGUGUCUUCUUGAGAACCUCACUUUAGAUCUCAGGGAUAACAGGGUUUUCCCAUGCCCACAUUCAAGUGAGAUGUAACACAUUUGAAGACAUUCCCUAACUUAAAGCACUCAAACUGUCAAAUACAGUGUGAAAGGGAAGAAAGCAUUAAUUACUUUAGUGGUAGUAGCAGGAGAAAUUAUUAUACAAUAAUAACAAUGGCGACCAUUGUCUCUUUUCUUGAAGUCAAGUCAUUUGUAUUUAAAUAGCCCUUAAUCACACUAACUGUCUCAAAGGGCUUCACCUGCCAUAUAUUUAUGAAAACCCCUAACCCUAGCAAACCUGCCCUUAAUUAACAAGAAAGACAUCUUGAGAAGGAACGCAGAGUGGGGGACCCCUCCUUCCAAGGACAAGUUUACAAACUUUAAACACAAUGCAUACAUACCCGGUACAAUAACUUGCGUGUAUUCGUCGGUUUGUGUUUGUUUUUGUGUAUAUGUGUGAGAUUGUAUGGUGUGGAAAUCAAGUUAGAGUAAGGCGUUACAAAUUGUAGCCCAUAAUUUGAUGUUGUGACCUAGUUGACAGAUGUUUAUCAUCUAUAAUAAAACUGAUAAACCAGAACUACGAUCAUUACACCUUUCAUAACAUGCAUUUGAGGGGAUUUGUGUGUGUGGGCAUGUUUAUGUUCAUAUGUUUUGUGUACGAUGCUGACUCGAAUGGUGUAUUGAACCAAAAGGUAUUCUAUCAUUCUCAUGAUAUGAUGGUAUAACUGUUAUUUGAUCUAUUUCAAACGUUCACCUACAGUAACAGUGUGGCUGUCUUUAAGUCAUGUUCUGAGCAUCUUUGUCUUUUCUUGUUGGAGAACCAGUAGCCCUAUUUCAGAAGCACACACAAAGCAUCGUUCUCAUUUUUUAUUGGAGUGUCGCCCAUGCACGUCCCUCUACCACUCUCUCAGUCACACACAUACACACAAACACACAUACAGACUUGCUUGGUGGUGUUACUGGGGUAGUCAGUGGCUCUCUGGGGGAGUAUAAACUGACAGGAUAUGAUUUAUGUGUCAUACAUGUAAUCUACAGCAGCUAUUUUCACAUUGAGAGGCGAACAAAUGUACAGCAGAAACAAUAUUCACACAUUGAGACACAUAACACAUACACAGUCCGACACACACACGUGCACACAUACAUACGUCGACAUGCACGUGCCCUUACAGUGACAUGCGCACACACGCACAUAGAAAAAAAAUAUAUACACGUACAAACAUAGGCAGACACAAAAGCACGCACGCCCGCACACACACACACACACAUGUUGUUGGUCUUGCCAAAUGCGUGUUUCUGUGCUGCAAUAUAUUAGGGUCUUUUCGCGAGCAAAAGGUCGUCUCCCUGGGGUCAAACCCCAUCUAGCUGAAUCUAUAAUCAAAUCAACAACACCCUUCUAUGAGCUGCACUUACUAACUCGAGGGACAAAUGUUAAUCAAAUCUUAUGGUGAAAACACUGAAUAUUCUGGGUAUCAUCAUGACAUCAUGGCUACUGCUGGGCCUAUUUACAGUAAAUAAAAUAAUCAAAUGUGUAUAGUUCAUAAACUGAUUAAUCUUGAGUAGAAUAACAUUUGAGAAAAUGAGUGCAUAUCUUUUCGAGAUUGAGACAUUUUUAAAUGGCACCUUGACAUAUGGUCUGUGAUUCUGGUAAAACAUACAAGUGAGAUUUGUGGAUUCUGUGGAUUCUCAAGAGGUUUGAGUUUAUGGACUCUGCUGCUACAGUGUGUUCUCCAAAUAAGGAUUUCUCUCCCUGGAUGUUGACCACACAGCAUUCCAUCUCCCACUCUCUCUCACUCCCUUUCCAUCUCUCUCUAUCCGUCUUCUCCUUCUCUCGUAAACCCUCUCUCUGUAAUAUCAACAUGACACGUCAACAUGUUGACAUCUAAAUCAAUUACAAUUUAGGAUGACUAAAAUGCUCCAAACAGUUUUGACAGCCUGCAGCAAGAAUCUAUUUCCAUUAAGGACCCUAAAUCCAUGACCAUGUUUCUAUUUGUUCUUUAUUUAGUUAGGCUGGGAACCAACCAGGCUUAUAAAACAUGCUAACCUGUUGUGUCACUCAGGUUCCAGUUUGGUAACCGUAGUAAUGGUUGCCCCUAACUCUGGGUCAAUUACAGCCAUUAGUAUUCCAGACAGGAUUAAGCCUACAGGAAACUUUCGACAAGAACAUGGCUUCUAGCCCAUUUUUAAAGCAUGUUAUUGAGUGAAAAAAUGUGUUCCCAGACUAGGAAAAUAGCAAGUCACUGGCUAUUGCUGAUAUGGCUUGGAUAGUUGGCCUUUCUUAAAAUAAUUUGUUCACUAAUGUUUCACGGCCGUGGUCCCUGUUGAUAUAAUGAUGUCGGGAGAAAAGUCUAAUUCUAAAAUUGAAAGAAUCUUUUUACUUGUGACGGCCCUCUGACCAUCUGUGUGUAACUUGUCCUUUAAGGUGGUUCCGGGUGGGUGGAGCUACACAAUCAGCUCAAUCAGUGUGUGGCAGAUAUAAGGCUCACCAGUCUGCCCAUGGCUCUCUCCCUCUCCAGACAUCAGUGGACUUUUGUUAAACCAUUAUUUUUGGUUACUUUUUGUUUAUCGAUUACUUUUGCAUUUAAACCUAGGUGUGUCUCCUUAUUUGUUAUGAACAAGAGCCGGGCCGUGACAACUUAUUUUAUCUAUCCUCAUAUGGACAUAUGCCCAAACAAAGUCUGUAGGCCUACUUGGUGUUACUGUAAUAAUAAAAUAGUUACAUAAACAUUACUAUCUUGGUUGGCAUUAUAUAUUUUUGACAUUUGCAAAGGACCCGUCCACACAACGACAAAAGUUUUUCCGUUGCGGUUUUAAAAAAGUUAUCAACAAGGGCGUAGAUUUGCGUGGGGACCAGGGGACGUGUGUGUCCCCACCAAUGUCAAAUGACGACUGAAAUGUCCCCACCAAUAUUAAGGUUGAAACGAAAACAAAGCGCCUAAUGCGGUACACAAAGGGUUAAAUUCCCUUGCUUGCUAUAUCCUAUGUAAUCCAGAUAACCCACAGACACACGCACGCACGCACAACCAGGUCACUAGUCAGCGCAUGA